AUGCCUCCGACCUCCAACCUAUGGGGCGCAUGCCGCUCCAUCGCUAUUCGAUCAAGACGGCCGGCACAGUCGCAGCGACCCGCAAUUACAGCACUUGCACGACAGCUCUCCACAGACCCAAGAGUGCCUCGUUCGAGCGGCAUUCCCAACAUACCCGGUGCUGCUGAAGGAGCGACUCCUGGUCAAUCAAGCGACCUUCCUAUACCACCAUCACGAGGUCCGAUUAGAGAGGAGGAUGUGCAGAUGCGGGAACCGACGCCCGUCGAGGAGGCUUUGGCGCAGCUGGAGCUCACGGCGAACGGCCUGAACCCUUUCGACAAGCGCUCUGGCGGGUUCAAGUUCGAGACGCCAGAGAUACCGCAAGGCAAGCUUCACGAGACGAAAUUCCACAUGCAGCACCGCUACGAGGAGGGUAUAAUACAGCUUACCAAGCUGCUCAUGCGCGAUGGCAAGCUGAGCAAGGCACAAAGGGAUAUGGCCAUGAUCCUCAACUACCUGCGAACAUCACCCGCCCCGAAGAUCAACCCCCAACGACCGCUCCUGCCUGGGUCUCCUCCAGCAGAGCACCUCCCACUGAACCCGAACCUCUACCUGAUGUUGGCUGUUGACUCGGUGGCACCGCUGAUCCGGAUCCGCGGCUUCACGGGCCUGGCGGGUGGUGGUAAGGCGCUGGAAGUGCCGGUGCCAAUCUCGCGAAGGGCGCGGCGGAGGACUGCGUUCACGUGGAUCAUGGACGUGGUGGAGAAGAAGACGUCGAACGGUUCGGGCAAGAAGAUGCUGGCGCACAGGAUUGGCGAGGAGAUCGUGGCGGUGAUCGAGGGCAAGAGCAGUGUGUGGGAUAAGAGGAACCAGCUGCACAAGUUGGGCACGAGUGUCCGGGCGAAUCUUAGCUCGCCAGCCCUGAUGAAGAGGAGGGUCGGCUAG